AGAAAAAAACAUCCGGAAAAAAUGGCGAUGUCCAUAAGGCACUGGAGGAGCACGUUGAGAUUAUUAAGACAAGGCAGAACUUGGUGUCAGCUGACUGGAUACUAUUCUAACCGAUGUCAAAAAUUGUUGACAUUCCAAGAAGAACAAUCAACGUCACAGUCAGAAGGGCAACCCUCAGAUUUGGAUGAUUUGUUAACGGAUAGGUCUAUAGGAUAUACAGAUGAAACACAACAAGCGAAACUGAAGUUGAAUCCUGACCAGCCAGUAAACCCGCACUUGUUGAGGGUGGCCAUCAUAGGGACCUACAACAGUGGGAAGUCUACCCUCACCAACAGGCUCAUGGGCUGGAAAGUGUCUCCUGCUUCCAGUAAAAUACAUACCACACAGGAAAACGUGCUGGCAGUACACACUGAGGAGAACACACAGAUCAUCUUCAGAGACACACCUGGACUCAUCAGGGGCAGCAGGAUCAGCACCAAACAAAGGGAAAAACUGCAAAAGUCCAUAAAAGAGGACCCAAAGAAGAGUUUGGUGGAUGCUGACCUAAUAUGUGUAUUGGUGGAUGCUUCUGACCGCUGGGAUGUAGAAUUUCUAGAUGAGAAUGUUUAUUAUCUACUUAAGAGAAAUAAGCACAUCCCAUCUGUCCUCAUCCUCAAUAAGAUCGACCUUGUAAAGGAUAGUAACUUCCUGCUUCACAUCACUAGAGCGCUCACCAUGGAUACUGUUGGUAAGGAGAAGAUCCGCAUCACUACAGGAAAACGGAGACCAACGUGGAAGGUCGAGGACAUUAGAGAAGCCAUGAAAACCGACGGGAAAAGAAAGCAGGCAGUAAAAAACAAACUAGACUCCUUGUUUAACCGAGUUGAUAAAGUCAGAGGAACAGCUCAGAAGAAACCUGAUGAUCCUGCGUCUGGAGUGACUAGGGAAAGCCAUGAAGGUCAACAGGAGAUGGAGAAAGGUUUUGAAGGUCAUCAGGAGACUGGGAAAAGCCAUGAAGGUCAACAGGAGAUGGAGAAAGGCUUUGAAGGUCAACAGGAGACUGGGGAAAGCCAUGAAGGUCAACAACAAGCUCAUGAAGAAGGUCACUGUGAGGGCCAUUCAAAAAGCAAUGUUUCCCCACAAUAUACAGACAUAGGAAGACCUGAUAUACCAGAACAUGUUCUACUGAAAUCUCUACCGAAUGGAUGGGACUCUUUUGACCGGGUUUUUAUGUUAAGUGCACUACAUGGAAAAGGUGUACAAGCUCUAAAGGACUACUUGUUGUCGAGGGCGUUGUCACGGGAUUGGUGCUAUCACAGCUCUGUAGUAACAGAUCAGAACCCGUACCGAUUUGCUGAGAAAAUUGUUUGGGAGACGAUGCUGGAAUGUUUGCCCAAAGAAAUCCCUUACAAAUAUUUUCCGGUGGUGAGAUACUGGCUGUUGGAACAUGAUGUGCUUGUCAUACAUAUGGAUAUCAACAUGUUUAAAACUAAACACAUGCAAAUGGCGAUUGGUCCUAAAGGAUCAAUUAUAAAAAAGAUCAGACAAGAUUCCCAUGCAGCACUCAUGGACGCUUUCCGCUGUGACAUCAUAUUGAGACUGAAAAUUCACAAUGAAGACAACAAGAACAAAGAAAAAUCGAAGCACACUAAACUGAAAACCAUCCAGAAAAGUAAAAACCGUUCAGCAAAAAGCACAUCAAAAUCAAAUUACAAGGACACUAGCAAUAUAGAAGAUGAAAUCUCCAAAAUGGGCAAUUCAAAAACACCUUGAAUUUAUUACCUUUCUUGCAUGACCUGCGGAAUGAACCAAAGGUGGUUGAGGAAUUGGUGGAGUACAGACUUGUUACGGAGACUGUGCAGGGAUAAAUGUUCUAUUCUACUUGGCUUCUGUAACAAAUUAACUGUUACAGUCUCCAUGUUCACAACUUGAUCACCCUCCCAUCACUAGAUCAGAUUAUGACUUGUCCCCCAGUGCUAGGAUCUUGCUACCGAUUAUCCUCAUGUCAGGAACAUGGGACCUCAUCAGCCUCAUGUCGGGACUCCGCAGCUCCUUUCAUCCACAUGUUAGGUCCUUGAAACUUUUCAGCCUGUGUUAGGACACUCGGAUUUGGUCACCCUGAUGUUUGGACUCGCAACUCAUUUUAUCGCGUGUCAAGACCUCAACUUUUCAGCCUGUGUGAGCACACUGGGACUUGGUCAGUCUUGUGUCAGGAUCUCAAAACAUUUCGGCGUGUGUCAGCACACUGGGACUUGGUCAGUGUUUUGUCAGGACCUCGAAACAUUUCAGCAUGUGUCAGCACACUGGGACUUGGUCAGUGUUUUUUCAGGACCUCGAAACAUUUCGGCGUGUGUCAGCACACUGGGACUUGGUCAGUGUUUUGUCAGGACCUUGUAACUCCAUUCAUCAACAUUCAUCACUAUUUGUUUUCCUGUGUCAGCACCUCUAGACUUGUGUCAUGGACUCACUAUUCAGUCACCUUUAGUUGAGAAUUUACUCCUUCAGAUGUCAGAGGCUGUGAUAGUUACCUAGGUAACACCAUGUGUUUCUUGCUUCCCUGAAGAAGCAUUGUUUACACACUAAAAUAAAUUUGAUGAUCUUAAAUGAUGUGACCUUUUCUUGUAUGUCAUCAGUUCACUUUCCUGAUGAGCUUGAUCAGGACAAUGGUUUGUGUUUAAGAUAUAAUCUAAACUUGAGAACCCUCCCACGUUAUGCUGGUCAAAGUGGUCAUCACAAAUAGGUCUGGGCAUUUCCUACAAGUAUUCAGAGUUUUCAGACACGAUCAAUUUUAAAGGUCAGGACUGUUAACCUUGGAAUGGUAUCAUCUUCAUCAUUUAUUCAGUAUAAAGAUGAGCUGCAUGUGAUGGCUUAAUGUAGAAUUGCAUUUUCGACACUAGUGCAACCCUUUCCUUAUAUGGAAUCUGAUGUCCCCUUAUAUUUGAUGUUAGCAGGUGGGUACAAGUGCAGUACCGCUCAUUAUCUUGAGUACCCAUCAUGUAAUCAUUAUUGUAUUAUCUACAAACCUGUUGACAUGAUAAAUUAUGCAAGCUCAGACAAGUUUGAUAACACCCAUUAUUAUAUGCUUGAUAAUUUCUCGCUUCGCCUCAGUCAGUAUCACUUUUUCAGGUUCAGAUAAUAAAUUUUAGAGUUAUGACCCUUUAUAGAAUACUGGCAACUGUGCACUACAAGUUAAUAACUGCCAUAAUCAGGCUAAUAUUUGGGGUUAGGGCCCUUUAUGAAAUUAUGGAAACAAACGAUAUCAGCUCAAUAUUUUUUGAGUAAAAGUAGUCAUAUCUUGAAUUUCAUUUGUAUUUCAGACAUCUAAAUCUCAAUCUGUAAAACACUUCAAUUACUUAUGGGGCAAGUGCAUAAAUAAUCUUGGUCAAUAUUCAUUUUAUACAAAGACUGAAGUUGAACAAAAUCAGCACAUGGCAUUUGACUGGUAUUGUUCCACCCCUUCAGUACUUCUGUUCAAUAAAUAUUAACAUGUUAGGUUUCUGUCGUAUGUUUUUUAGCUCACCGGUUUAGAAU